CGGCAGCAGUGACGUAGCCGAAUGAGUCUAUCCAACACUUGUCCGUCCACCCCACCACCCCACCAACCCGCAUCCCACCACCACUCCACAACAUGUCACUCCCGCGUCUACCCUUCUUAUACCCGUUCCUCCGGCGCAGCAUCGUCACAACACCGCGACGAUACCGUCACGGCUCCGCAGUAGAGCCGACACAGCUCCACCCUGACCCGCCGCCUACACCUCCGCCGCCCCGAGGCGACUCCGAUGUCCGGGGCCCCGGGGACGAUGUAACGGCGGACAUGCUCGAAAUCGCCGGGCGCGACCCCGCCGAUCUCAAAGCCGAAGACGCUGCGCCAAAAACCGAUGAGACCUCCGUCCCACCGCCGACGACGCCGACAUCGUUGGCAGAAACCGACCGCCCUUUCGCGCCCCGCGACUAUACCCACCACUUCGACACGUACACCUCGGUACAGCGCCUCUCCGCCGGCAGCUUCACGCAGUCGCAAUCCAUCGUAACUAUGAAGCUCCUUCGCGCACUGCUCGACAAAAACCUUACCGCCGCAAGGGAAAACCUCGUGAGCAAAUCAAACAUUGAGAACGAGACGUACCUGUUCCAGGCUGCUUGCUCGGAGCUGAGGAACGAAAUGCAGAAUGCGAAGAAUAUGGCGGUGGAGGAGCUGCGGGGUGAGAGGACGAGGAUCCAGACCGAGUUCGAUCUGCUGAAUCAGAAGUUCCUGGCUGAGAUUAUGGGACUCAGGGAUGAGCUUAGUAGCAUGUUUAAUGAUCGGAAGAUGGUUACCAGGGCGGAGCAGAGGGCUAUGGAGAACAAGAUACAAGAGUUGAAUUAUAAGAUCACUAUCUUGAUCAACAGUGAUCUCAAGUCGGAGAUUGAAAAGCUACGGUGGACGACAACCAGACGGGGAUUGAUAGCAAUUGCAUGCCUGGCUUUAUUCGUAGUAACCUCCAUCCGAGUAAACAAUAGCUCUCACGACCGAGCCAAGAAGAAGAGCAAGAAGAAGGAGCGCGAAGAAGAGGAUGAUCGCCACGAGAAACCCUUCGACCCAGUGCCAAUCCCCGGAGCGGAAGCUGCAGAAUCCGGCCUGGUGUCACUGGGAUGAACAAGAACCGUCUAUCUUUUGGUGUUAUCGUUUUUUGCGAGAUACCUCUCUACCCCGAGUCUUCGUGUAUAAAUAUAUCUGUACGAUAGUCGUUGUAACCAAGAAAACUAUAUACACAUGCUAUCCAACACA